AUGGCUGAUGUGGAAUCUGGCAUGAUUAAGGAGGGCUUAGCUGGCAUUGCCUGGAAAGGAGCCGCAUGUAUUGUGGCCAGCGGUAACAAACGCUCUUUCAACACUGGCAUGGGUGAGGAUAUGGGGGCUUACUAUGUGGGCGUGAUGACUGCCGCCCAUGAAGUAGCACACAAUCUUGGCUCUCCUCAUGAUGGCAAAGAUGGGGCUGAAGCUUGUUCGUGGGACGACGGCUACAUAAUGAGCUACGUUUCAGGUAAAUCGAACAAGCUGUUCUUUUCGUCGUGUUCACAGAAACUGAUGAAGGACUAUAUGAGCAGUGACGACGGUUCCUGCCUUCAGACGACCCAAAUAGGAGAGAAAAUCCCCCUGUCUUCCCAGCUGCCAGGUGAAAUCGUCUCCAUGGACGAACAGUGCCAAAAGCAAACUGGCAAGUCGGAAGCCUAUGAGUCGAAAUCCGUGUCUGAGGACUCUCUGUGUCCAGCUCGUAUGCCAGUGGCAGGUGAAGGAUGGCUACAGCAUCUGGACCUACACCCAGUCGGCAGGACGUCCAACUGCCGAGGGUUCCGCAUGCAGGAGUGGUGGUGUGUGUACGAACGGAUCCUGCCAAUAGAAAUCUUCCAGGGCCCUCUGUAG